AUGAUAUCAGAAUCAGAGCAUCAGAGCAACGCUCCCGAGAAAGCCUCCGGUAUCGCCCUCAAAGGGCCAACAGGCCCGGAAAAUGUGUACUCUGCCGACCCGAGUCGAAAGCGAACCCGGAGGGGUGCGAUCAAACGUCACGCUAGGAAGACCGGCAAGCCUACAAGCAAGUACAACUGCGACGGCUCAGCCAUCAAGGAGUGGAGACCACCGUCUCAAGAGACGGGUACGCCUUGCUUCGAGUCUACUCCGUCUUCCUUGCACAUAGAAUUCCAGUUAGAUCGCGAGGCUCUCAGCUUUUAUGACUGGGCCAAGCCACAGGAACUUGGAAACGUUGUCCGUAGAGAUCUCGUCGAGCGAUUGAAUGUUGCAUUUCAAAGUCGAUCCGCCGGCACUGAAAUCCAUGCUUUUGGCUCUUUUACCUCUGGUAUCUACCUGCCUACCGCGGAUAUUGACCUUGUACUAUUGUCCGACAAUUUCAGAUGCACAGGAUUGGGCAAUCAAGCUCUGUUUAAAUACGACUGA